AUGAUUGUUAUGGAGGGCUUACUGUUGGCUCCGCCAGAUCGUGGCUCUAUAAUAGGAAGAGCUGCUUGGAAGACAAGAUAUAUCGUCUUGGGUAGCGGAUCAGAAGCAAAGACUCAGAACAACCUCACAACUCAGCCCGAAAAGAGUGCAAUGUCUCGAAUUGGUCUCAAGUCUCCGUCCAAGCCUAACAUAGUAGAAAACUCUCCAGCUGCUGAGCAGAAGACUCAAUUAUACGUGUCAAUAUACAAAUCAAAGGGAGAAUACGAGCACUUAGCCCAACAUCCCAUAUCUGCAUUUCAAUGCUGUCAAGUGCGCAGUAUCCAACAUCGAAAACAAAGUCCACCCUUACCAACGCUCGCACUUGAACUGAAAAGCUUCACGACAACCACCAAACAGCGAAAGCGGCGCUCGAGUAGGUCAGGGAGCCUAAUAACUAAGGAUGCGGGUCCAAACUCUUUCCUUUUCCGAUCUGUAGAGAGCGAACCAUACACAAUAUAUGACUGGGAAGAGCAGAUCAAGCCAUUACUGACGCCAGUAAUGGAUAGUAUUGACUCAACAUGCUGCAGAAUUCCGACAAAUUUCAUUAGUCCAUUCACACCUAUUGCUAAUGCUUUACCAAUAAACAAACUUGAUAACCUUAAUUGCCAUAAUAUUCGGGUCAAGGCCCCACACCAGUACAUAUUACCAACAAAAUCUUCGGGACUGAUCUCUCCAACUCCUAGUUUACGGUCAAAGCAUUCUGACUUGUCUUCAAAGGCAAGCUCACAGCUUGUAGGAUGUUGUGUUGCUGCCCCAGCAUCUUACACGAGCAUACCGCCACCUGAAUAUCUACCUUCCACUUCAACAAGUGAUUACGAAAACCAUCUAAAUGAAAGCUGCAGACUAGCUCAGGGACGUUCGUCAGUUCUAUCCUCACACACCAGAGGUAGUAAUAGUGUUGCCUCAACCACUGCGUCCAGUGUUCAUAAUUCUCUAGGCCCUCGAGAAACUAUACUUGAUCGAGCGUUUCAGAUGCGAUACAUUCCUGGCAGCGAGCAAAUUUCGUCAGAAGAAGAUGUCAACAAGCUGUCCAGCACCGCACGAUUCGAGGCAUUGAUGCGUGAAAAUGACGAACGGAAAUUUUCAAAAUGGGAAACAGAUGCUAAGGAAACUUCGAAUUAUAUCGGAGAAGACAACAAUCUAGAGGACAUUGGCGAAGAUAGUGAGGAUGAAAUGUACAUAAGCGAUCAAGAGAAAGGGUUACCAGCACCGGCCCAGAGGGCUCUAGAUUUCAUAGCAGGCCGUAGCACACCAACCAGCAGGUCCCUUUCGCCAACAUCGAAGCCAGUUAUCCCAUAUCUAAAUCUUCAAGCACUAUCCGCACUUUCGGGGAACGCCUCCAACUCAGAUGACAUCAUUGGAAUUAAGCCCACUAACGGCACCGCAAAACGAAUUAACGGUCGACCCGCCUCACUUGCCAUGCCGCCACGCUCGCUCUCUACAUCUACCGCUUCAGUAAUGAAAGAGUGUAGUAGCAGCAGUAAAAAUAGCUACAACAACAAAGCCGAUUCCAAGGAAAAAAGACAAAGUAGUAAUAGUAAUAGAAGACUUAGUCUUCAAGAUUUCGCAAGAAGGCUAAGUUCUACUAGUAGUUUACUUUUAGUGCAAACGAACACGAGUUCGAGUCCUGGAAAAGGAAUAAUUGAUUACAGUAAAGACCUUGUCACUCACGCCAGGGGCGGCAUGAAUAGAGAAGAAAGCGAUCGAAGAUGCAGCUGGAGAGGAAGUGUUGGUGCAUUCAGCGUGGAUGGAAGCUUUUUGUAG